AUGAGCCAGUUACCCCUCACAAUUGGCCUGGAAGGCAACCGCCUGUACGUCGGCUACCGCUACAACUCCAAACGACAGGCCCAGCCAGCCCUUAUUGCAGGCCAUGGCAUACACUUUGUCGAUGGUACGACACACAAGCAACGGGGAAUCCGCGACAUCCUGCUCCAGCAUCAGGACGCCGUCUUCCAAUGGUCCGGACGAUGGGGAUGCCUCCCCAAGUACACCGUCACACUGGACACCACAGACGGGGCACCGCCAGCAUCCCCACCAUUCCGCCAAGCGCCGGACAAACUCGCGCCUUUCAAGGAAAUCAUCGCGGAAUACGUCCAGGCCGGCAUCAUUGAGCCGGCGAAGUCCCCCUACAAUUCACCGGCGUUCCUCACGCCAAAGAAAAACGGACAACCGGAUGCCCCCGCAGGACAGCGAUGGCGACUCGUCGAGGACUACCAAAAACUCAACACCUUGCUAGCCGGGGCAGCUAUCGACAUUGCCAAAUCCACCUUCCUUGCCACCCAGAUCGAGUUCCUGGGACUAAUCAUCGACCAAACUGGCGCACGGCCAGCUCCACACAACCUGACCGCGGUGGAGCAAUACCCUUGUCCUAGCACCACAAAAGAGAUGCAGAGGUUCCUAGGCCUUGCAACAUAUCUACGGGCCCAUGUGCCCCUCAAUUUUGCUACGGCGGAGAAAGUGCUGCGCACCACCAUCCCCGCCAAACCUAGCAUGACCCUCCGGUGGUCAACACUGGCUGAGACCGCGUUUCACGAUCUGAAAACUGCGAUCGCCAACGCAGCUCGAUUGGAACGCUACGACGAACAGCAACCUAUUGAAGCAGCCGACCUACGCCUGGCGGUACACCCGGGACAAUACCGCGAAGUCAUAGAACGCUACCACAUCGACCUGGGGCACACACACUGGAAGAAAGUGCUGCACACACUCCGCGCACGAUUUUCCUGGCCACACAUGCGACACACAAUCUGGCGCCAACUCGUGGACUGCCCCGAAUGCUUUGCGUACAACAACAGCACAAAAAUCACAGGAGAACGCAUGACCUGGAUACCAGUGACAAAACCGUUUGACCGACUCUGUAUCGACUUCUAUGGGCCCCUCCCGCAAUCUACCGGGCUACACAAAUACGCGUCCAUAGCAAUGGACCAAUUCUCCAAGUUCCUGGUUGCCACCCCAGUACCGCGAGCGGAUACGGCGACGGCCAUUGCCAACAUCCAUACUAUCCUACAGGAAGUGGGAAAGUUCCGCACCAUCCACUUGGACCGCGCUACAAUCUUUAAAUCCCGCCAAUCACCGGAGGGCAAUGGGACAUGCGAACAGGCCAUUCGCACCAUUGGACAAAUCCAGGCAAAACUGGCAAAAGGGGACAGUGCCAACUGGCAUAUCUACUUACCAACAGCCGUGGCAGCAUAUAAUCUCACGCCACAUACCUCGACGGGGGCUACACCAAGCAAAGUCUUCCUGGGCAAGGAUCCACGCAUGGAGGCCGACAAUCACUUCGGCGCAGUUCCGCCAACCGCCGUAAAAACCGAAGCAGUGGCCAACUAUCUCCGACGACAACAGCGGCAAUCUCUGCAGCAGGCCAACUGGGCCAAACACCCCACCUUCUAUCCGGGGGAUAUGGUGGCCGUACGCCCACGAACCGCAUCCACCGAACUCCAUGCGGCAUCCCGAUGUUUUCGCAAACGACGCCUAGGCCCAUUCAUGAUCCUCCUCCUGCAUGCGCCAGGCCAGUACACCGUCGGCACCGAUGCUCGCAUCGCCAUCAUCCCGGCAUGUGAACUACAACCUUGGGUGCAUGGGACUCGGGCCCCUCAACAGGGGUACGAGAAACACCUGAAGUUCCUCCGAGCACCAGCAACACGGGAACCGCCGACAGAGACAAAAGAACACCACUACGCCCGGCCACACAACCGUUCUGACACGGCAGACCAUGUCUGCAAGCACCUUUAUUGCACGGCCGUCAGGAAUCGGACACGCGGGCCCUGCCUACUCACGGGGGCCAACGACCCCGCACGGGCCCAGCACACGCCAACAAUUGAUCGCAUAAAACCGCAAGGACACGACCCUAAGCCAAACCGGGGAAGCACAUCCGACAAACCAAACAAGGGGAACCUAACGGACCCCAACCGGGAACAACAUCCGCCGCAGAAACACAAGAGAACCUAACGGGACCCAGGGUCAACAGCACCAGCACUUAAGCGCGCAAAAAGGGAC